AUGGAGGGGCGUCUGCCAGGCUCCUUCCCGGGCCACGGGCGUUUGCCCAGAAAACAAGAAUCCACCGCGCCGGAGAAGCUGCCCCUGCAUCUUGCAUCUGAGAAAUGGAAAUUCAGGGAACUUGCUCGAGGCUACAAGCGGGAGCUCCUUCUCAAUAAAGAGCACCUAGAUGUCGGGCACGCGGCCGCGGGUGUCUGCCGCCCGGGGUGUCUGCCGCCCGGGGUGUCCGCGGCCCGGGGUGUCCGCGGCCCGGGGUGUCCGCGGCCCGGGGGUGUCUGCGGCCCGGGGUGUCCGCCGCCCGGGGGUGUCCGCGGCCCGGGGGUUCUGCCGCCCCGGGUGUCCCGGCCAGGGGUGUGCGUGGCCAGGGGUGUCCCGGCCCGGGGUGUCCACGGCCCGGGGUGUCCGCCGCCCGGGAAGAGCCCCGGGACCCGGGCCGCGGGCGCCGUGGGCCGGAGCGAGGCGGCCGGCGGCCCUUCCCGUGACCCGAUGGCCCCGCCGUGCCGGCCCCUCCGCUCUCGCCGCUGGGGUUCGCCUUGGGGGGCGCCGGACAGACGCGCCGGGGCCUCGGGGCUCGCCCCGGCCCGCCGAGCUUCGCGGGGUGAAGGAGGGCUUCAGGCGCUGCACCCCCAAAGCAGGUUGACGCCGAACCCUCCCGGGGGCAGAGCAGGGCGGGCCUUGCGCUCCGGCUCCAGCCGCGGGGCGACCCCUCCCCGGACCCCCGCGGGGGGUUGCGCUGGGGACGCGCACCCCGGGCCGCCUGGGCGUCUCCGCGGGGCCGACCUCCCCGCCUCGGGCUCGCUGCCUUCCGGGGAGCAGCAGGAGGGGCGGGCCCGGGGUCUGCGGCGCAGGCGGCCCGAAGGAAGAGGCGGCACUGCCUGCUCAGAGUCUCCAGGAGGCUGCAGAGGGGACUCUCGUGCCAGCUCGUCCUGCAAGGGCGGCCCUGACCAGCUGGCAAGCCCCGCGGUGCAGAAGCGGGGGCGGCAGCUGGGCGUGGCCCUGUCCAAACAGGCCGGCGCUGGCCCCUCCGGGCCGCUCACCCACAAGGCCAGGCGGCCCAGGCGGCUGCGGCCCGCACGUCCGUUCCUGGAGCCCGGGUCGCGCCGCGUCCAGCGGGAGCCCACGGGCCCAGCGUCCAGCGGGAGCCCACGGGCCAGCGUCCAGCGGGAGCCCACGGGCCCAGCGUCCAGCGGGAGCCCACGGGCCCAGCGUCCAGCGGGAGCCCACGGGCCAGCGUCCAGCGGGAGCCCACGGGCCAGCGUCCAGCGGGAGCCCACGGGCCCAGCGUCCAGCGGGAGCCCACGGGCCCAGCGUCCAGCGGGAGCCCACGGGCCCAGCGUCCAGCGGGAGCCCACGGGCCCAGCGUCCAGCGGGAGCCCACGGGCCAGCGUCCAGCGGGAGCCCACGGGCCAGCGUCCAGCGGGAGCCCACGGGCCCAGCGUCCAGCGGGAGCCCACGGGCCAGCGUCCAGCGGGAGCCCACGGGCCCAGCAUCCAGCGGGAGCCCACGGGCCCAGCGUCCAGCGGGAGCCCACGGGCCAGCGUCCAGCGGGAGCCCACGGGCCCAGCGUCCAGCGGGAGCCCACGGGCCAGCGUCCAGCGGGAGCCCACGGGCCAGCGUCCAGCGGGAGCCCACAGGCCAGCGUCCAGCGGGAGCCCACGGGCCCAGCGUCCAGCGGGAGCCCACGGGCCAGCGUCCAGCGGGAGCCCACGGGCCAGCGUCCAGCGGGAGCCCACCGGGCUGCGGCAGCUGGCCCGUCACACUGCGUCUCCGCGUGGCAGCGCUGCUGCAGCUCCCCGGUGUUUCAGGAGUGGGGGGGUGCAACUCCAGCCCGCUCUGGGCAUCCCCAGCCCGCGGCGCCUCGUGGAUCCCUUCUUGGCCUUCCGCGAGCCGUCCCCAGCCACCCAGACCAGCCUGUCCCUGCAGCCUCUCCCCACCUGUGGGCGGGAUGAGCCUCGGCUGCCCACGCCCACGGGCGCCCAUGGGGUGACGUGCGCGCUUCAGCCACCUCCCCCUCCAAGGGGCUUGCGACAUCGCGUGAGCGCCCCCGGCUCCUCUGCGCUGGCCUUUCCAGAACAGAUCCCUGCGCGGCGGGGCCUGUGGGGCCUCCAGACCUCGGACCUGGGCGAUCAGCCGGCUCAGCCCCACGGGGAGGCCCCAGCAGUCGGCCACAAGGAAGAGGAGGCUCUGCCCUUCCAAGCAAAGAGGACUCUGGGGCCGGGGGGCGGAAUGGGCCCCAGAUCGCCACAGGGGCUGCGAGGCUCGUCGGGGCCAGUGGGGAAGCGAGUGGACGUGGCGGGCAGCCCGGAGGACAAGACAGACAGAGGUUGCCUGGAGGAAGACGGACGCCCGCAGAGAACACCGCAGUCCCACGCAGGGGACCCCGGGCCCCGCCUGCUGACCACCCUCUUCUGA